AUGGCACCAAAUCGAUCGCAUCCGAUUCCAAUUCACAGGUUUGUUCGGGGAAUUUUUGGGCUAUGUUUUUGUGGACUAUUUGGCUUGAAAUUUACAUAAAUCUGAAUUAUUUUCAAAAUUUCCGGAAUUUGGAAUUCAAAAAAUUGAAGUUCCAACAUUUUUCAAUCAAAAAAUUCAAAUUUAAUUUUAAUUCUUGAAUUCCAAUUUUUUUCAUAAAAUUUGAGGGAUUUUUGGGCCAAAUUUCAGUUGAAGGAAUUAUCGAAAAUUGAAGUUCCACCAUUUUUCCAUAAAAAAUUCAAAUUUUUCAGAAAAAAAAUCCCAAAUUUGAAUAUUUUAGAAUAUCAAAUUUGAAACACAAACACAUUUUGAAAAAAGUGUUCACCACUCGGCUACGCGGCUGUUUUGCUUCAAUGUCAAAAAUCUCGAAUAUAUAUGCACUUCAUUUUUUUGCAUUAAUUUUUUCUAAAAAGAGUUCUGAACUUCUCAAAAAUUCCAUUUUUUUUCAAAAAAACACAUGUUUUCAAUGAAAAAUACUACAAUAUCAGAUCAAAUUGCAAAUAUUUACCUUCAAAAACCAAACAAAAUUGAUAAUUCCUCAUCAAAUAUAAAAAUUUUUCUUUAAUGAAAAUUAUUGGGCGAAAAAAACGGGAAAUAGGGAGGAGUAUAAGAUAAUGGUACUUGAGAUUGAUAGAAAUCUGUGAAACGGCUUUUCAUUGUAUCAAAAAGCCAAGAAAAUGGGGUAUGUGUGAGUUUUUCUAUCACUUUUUAUCAAAAAAAAUUUUUUUUUGUUGAAAAUUUAGAGAAAAAUUUUUCAGAUCAGCAUCCCAUACUCCAUCGAUGCUUGUGAAUGCGAAAAAAUAUUUGUCCGAUCGACCACAAUUAUUGGAUUGUCCAAGAUGCAAAGUAGGUUUAGUUUAGUUAAUUUUAAAACCGAAUCCGCGCUCUACUGCACACAAAAAAAUAUUCAAUUUUUGCCGCGGCGCGGUCUGCGUUGCGUGUUCAUUUCGGUGGAGCGCGUUAAGAUUUUGGGCAAUACUAAGUGAGCAUUUGCUCAGAAGUAUGAAGUACUUGUUAAAAAGAGGAGUCAAGUGAUUGUACACUUUUUUCAUCUUCAUUUUUUCUCCUAAACAUCAUUUUUUUUGCAAACACCUUUAUCUGUCUAAGUAUCUUUGAAGAUGUUUGUUUAGCCAUUUCUAUUUAGUGCGUCAUUCGAAUUAUGGAAUUGUGGUUAGGUAGUUGAUCUUUAUUUUUGAUAGGUCAAGAAUUUAUUGAUUUUUGAGCUUUAGGGGGACCUUUCGAAAUUCAAAAAUUUAAAAUUGAUGAGAAAAUCAAGUUCAAGAAAAACCUGAAAUUGAAUUAUUUAUAAAUAAAAUGUUUAGAACUCAAAAAUAUUCAUAAAUUUCAAAAUUUAUAAAAUUUCCAGAAAAGAACUGAAUUUUUAAUCAAGAAAAAUUUGAAGCUUGAAUAAUUCAAAAACUGGAUGAAAAUGGAGAGGUUCAGAAGUUGAAAAUUCCAAAUACAGAUCUGACUUCAAAAUUCUGUUACUUCUCAAAAAGUCCAGAAUUUCAGAAACUCUAAAUUUUAUUUUCAAAAUUUUUUAGAAAGAAAAUUCAAAGAAAGUUCAUGAAAUUUUUUUUUAAUUCUGAUAAGAAAUGUGCUUCUGAAAUCACUGGAAAUUGAUUUUCAAAAAAAGUUCUUGAAAUAAAAAAAUCUGAACUUCAAAAUUUCUGGAACCAAUUUUUUUGGAUUUUUUUCUGCAAUUAAAAUUUAAACCACAUGAACCUUUAAAAAUUUAGAAAAAUGAGGCUCUGGGUUACUGUAGUUUAUUUCCGAUUUUUUCUCGAAAUUUCUGGGAUACUGUAGACCUCAGCUACUUCUGUGAGAACUCAAAAAAUUGUUGUGCUAAAGUUUUGUAGAUCAGAAUCCCAGAGAACUUUAGUGGGGUACUGCAAGGUUACUGUAGCUUUAACUUUGUCAAAAACCUUCUACAGGCCUGUUUUUUUCUACUGUAGAAUUUUCAGACCUUUUUAAUCUAGCUCCAAUUUGCCAAAAAGAGCUUCAAAAAUUAAAUUGAAAAGGGCACAUUUCACUCUCUCUCUCUCUCUCUCUCUCAAUUUCAAACAAAUUCAAUGUGUCCAAAUUUUCCAGAUUCACGGUGAAACCGAGCUCCGAUUCGUCAACGGUUUCUUCACCUACGUCUCAUUCCUCGUCAUUCUCAUCGCCGGCAUCUUCAUCCUUCCACUCUUCUUCCUCUGGGUUCCAUUUUGCGUCGAAACAUUCAAAGAUGUUGAACACUAUUGUCCAUCAUGCAAAGCCUGGAUCGGAACAUACAGAAGACUCGGAAAAUCCACAUAA